AUGUUCAUGUCCAAAAGACACGAGAUUGAUGAGACGGCUAGGAUAUUUCACACUCCCGGUUUCCUAGGAAGAGAUAUCCGCAAAAUGCAUGAGUUCGGUCGUCAUUGGCCCCAAAACUCCUCCAAAGCUGAGGUGAGCACUACGAACGCCAUUGAUGUCGCCUGGACUGACGACGCUGCAGGCUCUGAGGCCGAAACCGCUGAAAAGGGCUUCUUCGGCACAUUCAAUGAGUUUCUUGAACAUUUGCUCAACGACGAGAAGACCAUUAUGAUUGUCCCUCGAUACAAAUUGGACUACCGGGAUGAAUACUUGCCCGUGCCCGAGAAUCGAGGCUUUGAGGGCUUCGACUCCAAUCUUCACGCUUCGUUAACAGGUGUGACAAACCAGAUUGUGCCCGUAAAACCCUUCCUUAUCCCAUCACAGCGCAGUGGAAGAAGUUCUCACGGAGACAUUGAAGGGAUUAAUGUUGGGCUGUUGAGCCUCGUUCAUGACUAUCUAGCCGACAAAGGACUCCCCAGUUCUGUAAUGACCGGCAGUACCGCGUUUUAA